CACCACCCACUGUGAGGAGCAAGUGUCUGGGGCUGAAGCCUCAGCUCCGUCUUGCAGAGGGACCUGGGCCUCUGUUUUCCCACCUGCCAAAUGGGGCCGCCACCCUAUGGCCGUCUCAACUCUCUUCAUUGCCUACUCUUUCCAGUUGUCCCCGCUGUGAAAUGGAUCGCUGCUGAAGACCAAGGGCGGGAAGCGUCUAGCAGGCGAUCUCUGACCAGAACCAGAGAGGUGGCCUCCACCCGCGCCCCUUCCCCAGCCCUGGAGCGGCGCCUCGCCUCCCAAUCCCGGGUCCGUCCGCCACAGACUCCUCCUCCACUGACAUCAGAGCCGCAGGCGGGCGGAGGGAGCCGGCGGAGCGAGCUGGCGGAGCGAAGCCGAGCCGAGCUUCAGCCCCAGCAAGAGAGCCGGCGGGCGGCCCAGGCGCUCAACGGUGCGGACCGCGGCCGGAGCUCAGCGCCAGCCACUGCGGGUCUCCUAGCCAGCCCCGCGGCGGGGCAGCUGCAGGUACAGCCUAGCCCCCCACUCCUGCACCCCUGGGCGCUGCGGAGGGGCGGCGGGAGCCCUCAGUCUCUGGGAGCCCUGGCUGUGGCCGGGGGGCAGUGGGCCAUGCCGGGGGCAGUGGAAGGCCCCAGAUGGAAGCAGGCAGAGGACAUUACGGACAUUUACAACUUCAGAGAUGUUCUGGGCACGGGGGCCUUCUCGGAGGUGAUCCUGGCAGAAGAUAAGAGGACGCAGAAGCUGGUGGCCAUCAAAUGCAUUGCCAAGAAGGCCCUGGAGGGCAAGGAAGGAAGCAUGGAGAAUGAGAUUGCUGUCCUGCACAAGAUCAAGCACCCCAAUAUUGUAGCCUUGGAUGACAUCUAUGAGAGUGGGGGCCACCUUUACCUCAUCAUGCAGCUGGUGUCGGGUGGGGAGCUGUUUGAUCGUAUUGUGGAAAAAGGCUUCUACACAGAACGGGAUGCCAGCCGCCUCAUCUUCCAGGUGCUGGAUGCUGUGAAGUACCUGCAUGACCUGGGCAUUGUACACCGGGAUCUCAAGCCAGAGAAUCUGCUGUACUACAGCCUGGAUGAAGACUCCAAAAUCAUGAUCUCCGACUUUGGCCUCUCCAAGAUGGAGGACCCAGGCAGUGUGCUCUCCACCGCCUGUGGAACUCCGGGAUACGUGGCCCCUGAGGUCCUGGCCCAGAAGCCCUACAGCAAGGCUGUGGAUUGCUGGUCCAUAGGUGUCAUUGCCUACAUCCUGCUCUGCGGUUACCCCCCCUUCUAUGACGAGAAUGAUGCCAAACUCUUUGAACAGAUUUUGAAGGCCGAGUACGAGUUUGACUCUCCUUACUGGGACGACAUCUCUGACUCUGCCAAAGAUUUCAUCCGGCACUUGAUGGAGAAGGACCCAGAGAAAAGAUUCACCUGUGAGCAGGCCUUGCAGCACCCAUGGAUUGCAGGCGAUACGGCUCUAGAUAAGAAUAUCCACCAGUCGGUGAGUGAGCAGAUCAAGAAGAACUUUGCUAAGAGCAAGUGGAAGCAAGCCUUCAAUGCCACAGCUGUGGUGCGGCACAUGAGGAAGCUGCAGCUGGGCACCAGCCAGGAGGGGCAGGGGCAGACCGCAAGCCACGGGGAGCUGCUAACACCAGCAGCUGGGGGGCCAGCAGCUGGCUGCUGCUGUCGAGACUGCUGCGUGGAGCCGGGCCCAGAACUGUCUCCCACACUGCCCCGCCAGCUCUAGGGCCCUGGACCUUGGGUCAGGAUCCCCUAUGUGGGAGGGCUUGAGGGCAGCCUGCUCCCCUUCCCUCCCUAAACUGGGAGUUUCCCUGCCCUGUCCCCUCCUCACCCACUUCCCCAGCAUUCCUCACUGCAUUUUCCAUACAAAUGUUUCUAUUUUAUUGUUCCUUCUUGUAAUAAAGGGAAGAAGAUAAAACCA